AUGAGGACUCUUGAGAUAUCAUGGCUAGUUUGGAAGUUCAUAGUGGUUUGCACGGUGAUGAUAUCAUCAUUGGUGGGUUCAAGUAACUCAGCGUGUGAAUUUGAUGCAAUAUUCAACUUCGGGGAUUCAAAUUCGGAUACCGGGGGGUUCAAUGCAGCCUUUCCAGCACAGGUUAGUCCCUUUGGAAUGACUUACUUCAAGAAACCAGUAGGACGUGCAUCCGAUGGGAGGCUCAUUGUGGAUUUUCUAGCUCAAGCUCUAGGAUUACCAUUUCUGAGCCCGUAUCUGCAAUCAAUAGGAUCUGACUUUAGACAUGGGGCUAACUUUGCAACUUCAGCCUCUACUGUGCUAAUGCCCACCAUGUCUUUCUUUGUUAGUGGGCUUAGUCCCUUUUCCCUCGAAAUUCAGCACAGUCAACUGAAGCAAUUCAAAGCCAGAGUUGGUGAAUUUUAUCAACAAGGUCCAACAAAGAUAUCCUAUGGUUGCUCCUCAGGAACGAAUCUUCCUUCACCGGAUAUAUUUGCAAAAUCCAUUUAUACGUUCUAUAUUGGCCAAAAUGACUUCACUUCCAAAUUAGCAUCCAAUGGUAUAGUUGGAGUGAGGGAGUACCUUCCUCAAAUCGUCUCACAAAUUGAUGCCACUAUCAAGGAGAUAUAUGCACAAGGUGGGCGUACAUUUUUGGUAUUCAAUCUAGCUCCUGUGGGAUGCUAUCCUGGAUUCUUGGUGGAGCUUCCUCAUGGUAGCACAGAUAUCGAUGAGUUUGGCUGCAUGGUUUCUUACAACAAUGUUGUUGAUGAUUAUAACAAAUUGCUGAAGGAAACUUUGAGUCAAACCAGAAAAAUUCUUAUAGGCGCUUCACUGAUUUAUGUGGACACUCACUCUGCUCUGCUGGAACUCUUCCACCAUCCAACAUCUUAUGGGCUAAAGUAUGGGACCAGAGCAUGUUGUGGGCAUGGAGGUGGUGACUAUAACUUCAACCCUAAAAUUAUGUGUGGCAAUAUGGCUGCAAGUGCCUGCGAUGACCCCCAAAGCUAUGUUAGCUGGGAUGGCAUUCAUUUUACAGAAGCUGCAAACAAAAUAGUUGCCUUUGCCAUUCUCAAUGGCUCCCUUUUUGAUCCCCCUUUCUCCCUUCAGCAACGAUGUGAUCUCAAAUCUAUCCAUUGA